AUGGAGAAUGGAUGGAGCACUCAGCUCGUCCCUGUAAAACUCGAGCUGUGCGUCCUCUCUCUUCUUCUAUGUGUAAUAUUUACUUCAAUACUCUUUCUCUGUGCAAGCAAAAAAAUUGAAGUAGGAACUUCACAAGAGAUAUUAGCUACACCGAGUACAAGUAGAAGUUUAAGAAAGUCAAAACAAUCCUUGGAAGGGAUGCAAGCUUCUGGUCAGAAACCGCAGACGAUCGAGAAGACAAUAGAUCAAAAGAAGGGAAAUCGGCGGAUGAAAGAAAGCAAUAAAUGUAUACAGAACAGAGCAUUACAAAUUUCGAAGAGUAGAUCGGAUUCUAGAGAAAAAAAGAAAGACAGGAGGGUUAAGGGGAGACAAAGUCCUCGUCGAUCUUCAAAGACGAGAAAGGAGGAGAAAAGCAGGGCAACGUAUCAGCAAUCCGGUGACCCCGUUGCCAAAACUGCAAGACCUCCCGGAAAAGAUAAACCAAAAAUUCCGUCAGCAGAAGGAGAUCAAGUAAAUCUGAAAGGUCUCAAAACAACUCAAGAGGAGGAAAUCAUCACUGUAACAAAUCUCGAACAAGAGCCUGGAGUCGCACAAGCAUCUCCGAAUCAGUAUGAAGCAGACGCCGGCCACAAGAAAAUGGUGGUUGACCCUGGUUUAGUUAUGCGAAGAGGAAAUAUCGACGAUAUCUAUCAGAGAGUGAGAACACACUUUGUCGAUCAGAUGCGGGAGGUCGAAUUGCCAUCAGAUCGCGAUCUGGAUAAAUCAGCACCCAAUCCAAAGCAGCUAAAACUGAGAUUCAAUGAUGGAAAGUGUGUUAUGUACGAAACAAACGAUCAGGCAACAAUCGACGACAUGGAAGAGGCUGCUCCCGAGCCCGAGGAAGACAUUUAUUGA